CCUCCUUUAGGGGGCGCUGUGAAGCUAGCUGUUAGCUGUUGAGCCGGUUUAAAGUCUGUCUGGUCUGCUCGUAAACGUUACAUUUAUGUUUAAUUUGACCUCUAAAUAUUUCAGAAAAAUAGUUUAUUCCGACGUUGAUCAGUUUAAUGUGAGUUAGAGUCAUGAAAUAUCUUUAGUUUUAAUAUAAUUUAACUGAAUGCAAUAACCUAGCUGCUAAAUUAGCUCUUCUGCUGUUAACUGAGGGAAUUUAAACUUUCAGGAUUUUUAUGUAAAUAAACCGAACCGAACUGAAGCGGGUGCAGCUCCUACCUUCAGCGAGGGACCAAGACGACGACGAUGAUGAUCUCUCAGCUCUUCAUCUUGUCCUCCAAGGGCGACCAUCUCAUCUACAAGGACUACCGUGGAGAGGCAGGAAGUGAUGUCAUCGACGUUUUCUAUGAGAAGGUCACAGCGCUGACGGGAGACCAGCCGCCCGUUGUCAUGAGCCACAAAGACCUCCACUUCGUCCACAUCAGGCAGGGCGGUCUCUACUGGGUUGCCACAACGACAGCUGACUCCUCUCCAUUCAGCAUAAUCGAGUUCCUGAACAGGCUCAGCGGUCUGGUGAAGGAUUACUGCGGCAGCCUGUCAGAGAAGGCCGUUCAGAUGAACUUCGCCCUGAUCUACGAGCUGCUGGACGAGGUGCUGGACUACGGCUAUGUCCAGAUGACAUCAUCAGAUGUCCUGAAGAACUUCAUCCAAUCAGAGGCCGUCUCCUCCAAACCCUUCAGCCUGUUCGACCUAAGCAAUGUGGGACUGUUUGGAGCGGAAACCCAGCAGAAUAAAGUUGCUCCCAGUUCUGCUGCCACCAGACCGAUCCAGUCCAGCAGAGACCCGGGAGGGAAGAGUGAGAUCUUUGUGGACGUGAUUGAGAAGAUGUCGGUGGUGAUUGGCUCCAACGGGGUUCUGAUGAAGGCCGACAUUGAGGGAGAGGUCCGAGUCAAGUGCUACAUGCCGAGCUGCUCCGAGAUGCGGAUCGGUCUGAACGAGGAGUUCAGUGUGGGCAAAUCCCAGCUCCGAGGUUACGGCGCCGCUGUCCGGGUCGAUGAGUGCAGCUUCCACCAGUCGGUCCAGCUGGACGAGUUCCACAGUCACCGGAUCCUCAGACUAUGUCCCAGCCAGGGAGAGCACGCAGUGAUGCAGUACCGGCUGAGUGACGAGCUGCCGUCAGCGCCACCGUUCCGCCUCUUCCCCAGUGUGGAGAGGGACUCAGCAGGACGGCUGCUGAUGUACCUGAAGCUGCGUUGCGACCUUCCGCCCAAGAGCACUGCCAUCAACCUCUCCGCCUCCAUCCCGGUUCCUAGAGGUGCUGUGAGUCUGUCCCAGGAGCUCAGCAGUCCAGAUCAGAGCGCGGAGCUGCAGCUGCAGAACAGAACUGUGUUCUGGAAAAUCCCGCGGUUCUGUGGAGGAACCCAGCUGUCCGCCCUGUUCAAGCUGGACGUUCCGGGUCUGAGCUCCGCCUCCAUGCUGGAGGUCGGUCCGGUCGGGCUCAGCUUUGAGCUGCCUAAGUGGACCGGAACCGGACUGCAGAUCCGCUUCCUGCGCCUGUCUCCCAUCCAUCCCGGCCCGUCUCAACGCUGGGUCCGAUACGUCACGCACUCCGACUCCUACAUCAUCCGGAUCUGACCCAGUUCUGAACCGGCUGGACCUGGUCUGAAUCUCUGGAAAUUCAGUUCUGUUGGACCUUUUAAAGCAGAACUCUGAGCCUAGAACCAGGAGGAAGUUCUGUGCUGAUUCAGCCUGAUCACGCUCACUGACCCGUUCCACUUCUGCUUCAGAACUUCCUGCUGAUAAUGAUUCACCAGCCGACCUGGACCAGUGUGGCGCUGAAGGUUAAGCCCAGCUGCGGCCCGGCCCGACUCGCUGGGCUCGUCCCUUCCUCUGGGGUCCCACAGGAAGGCCCGCGGUUCUGAUCCAGAACAGCGACAGGAAGCGGAGGAGGCUGCAGAGACAGCAGUAACUGGGUCGGCUCUGGACUUCCUGAUGGAAACAGUUCUGACAGGCCCGGUUCUGAGCAGCACCUCCAUAACAUGUUGCUGCUCUGCUCCUGGUCAGGAUAAAACCAGAACCGGUCCAGAACUCCUCUGACCCACCCUGAGGUGAUAGUUAUCGCAGGAAAAGUUCUCCUUCGAGUUCUGUGAUUUGAAUAAGUUACUCUGAUUUGCACUUAUGCUAAUCAGUUAAUAGCACAGCUAAUUUUAGUCUAUGUUUCUGAAUUCUGAAACACUUAUUUCCUUGGAUGUUUUUUAAGAUUUCAGUUGAAUAAAGUUUGACAUCAGGGGUUGAA